CACACUAGUAGGCGGGAAAAGUUCGCGCACUAUUACUGCGCAGAUCGUCGGCCAUUUUGUGCGUAGUACCAGACAAUGUAGAAAAUCGACAGUGUUGCCGAUUUGUACAUAAUUAUCAGAUUUACUUAACUUUUAUGACAUUCAUAUUUUUUAACAUAAUUUUAUACGUAUGCCUGUGGGAAUUAUGUCAAUAAUUGGGACAUAACACAAAAUAUUGACGAUGAAUGGCGAUUGUAUUGUUAAUCUUUUGCAUAAAUUCCAGAAAUUAUUCAAAAAUAAUCUCUUACAGGUAAUAAAGUUGGUGACAUCGGCAACACUGAUGAACCAACACAUCACAUCACCACUGGAUGUACUACGCGAAAAAUGGCGACCCUGUACUUUUCAACUUCAAAGGCGGCAUCAGGGAGUGUCCUUGCUGGUUUCGGUUAUUAUGCUGUGGUUUAAGUCUGCCUGCGCCUGCCUCUGCUUAAUAUUUUAUAAAUAAGUGAAUGUGAAACAUAGGUGGCUGUGGUGUAACCAAGUGAAUCAUAAAAUCAUGUUUAAUCAAACUGAAGUAAAACAAGAGGUAGCUGAGACAACUUGCAAAAGAGAAAUAGAAAUAAUAGAUAAUGAAGUUCUACUGGAUACCAACGAGGAUACCUUUAAAACCGAAUUUAAGGAUGAUGCUACCAGGGAAAUUACUAGUACUAAUACAAAUAAUGAUACAUUUGAUGAUUUAGACGUUAAGAAAUGCGAUAUAAAAGCUAAAAUAGAACAAGAUGAUGGUCUCUCCUGUAAAGAUAUGAAAACUGAAGAAAGUAGUCUCUUAACCAAUGAUAGAAGUGACAGUAAUUUGAACGAACACAUAAUUUCCAGUACCAAUGUGAACACCGGAGGACAACGUUUUAUAUGUAUCAUUUGCAAGAAACAAUUUUCAAGUAAUUCUCGUUUAGAAAUGCAUAUGAGGAUACAUACUGGUGAUAAACGAUUUGAAUGUAAAAUUUGUACCAAACGGUUUUCAACGAAACCGUAUUUAAAAUCGCAUAUGAGAGUGCAUACUGGUGAAAAACCAUUUGAAUGUAAAAUUUGCACUAAACGGUUUUCAACGAAACAAGUUUUAAAAUCACAUAUGAGAGUGCAUACUGGUGAAAAACCAUUUAAAUGCGAAAUUUGCGCCAAACAAUUUUUAUCAAAGACGAGUUUAAAAGCACAUAUUAUGAGAGUACAUACUGACGACAAACCAUUUAAAUGUGAAAUUUGCACCAAAGAGUUUUCAUUGAAAAUAGAUUUAAAAUCGCAUGUGAGAGUGCACACUAGUGAAAAACCAUAUAGAUGUAAAAUUUGUAUGAAACAGUUUUCAACAAGUAGUCAGUUAAAACGACAUAAUAUGACAGUGCACACUGAUGAAAAACCAUUUGAAUGUGGAAUAUGCAACAAAAAAUUUUCAAUAAAGGAAUGUAUAAAAAAACAUAUGACAGUGCAUAGUGACAAAAGACCAUUUCAAUGUGAAAUUUGCUCCAAACGGUUUAAAACGAAACAAGUUUUAAACUCGCAUAUGCUAGUACAUACUGGUGAAACACCAUUUGAAUAUGCAAUUUGCACCAAACUGAGAGUGUAUACUGGUAAAAAAACAAUUGAAUGUGAAAUUUGUACCAAACAGUUUUCAACGAAACAAGGUUUAAAAUCGCAUAUGAAAGUGCAUACUGGUGAAAAACCAUUUAAAUGCGAAAUUUGCACCAAACAAUUUUCAACAAAUCAGAGUUUAAAAGCACAUAUAACAGUGCAUACUGAUGGCAAAUCAUUUGAAUGUGAAAUUUGCGCUAAACAGUUUUCAACAGAGGAUUAUUUAAAACAACAUACGAUAGUGCAUGGUGAUAAAUUUUUUCAAUGUGAAAUUUGCACCAAACAGUUUUCAACGAAACAAGGUUUAAAAUCGCAUAUGAAAGUGCAUACUGGUGAAAAACCAUUUAAAUGCGAAAUUUGCACCAAACAAUUUUCAACAAAUCAUAGUUUAAAAGCACAUAUAACAGUGCAUACUGAUGGCAAAUCAUUUGAAUGUGAAAUUUGCGCUAAACAAUUUUCAACAAAGGAUUAUUUAAAAAAACAUACGAUAGUGCAUGGUGAUACACUUUUUCAAUGUGAAAUUUGCACCAAACAGUUUUCAACGAAACAAGGUUUAAAAUCGCAUAUGAAAGUGCAUACUGGUGAAAAACCAUUUAAAUGCGCAAUUUGCACCAAACAAUUUUCAACAAAUCAGAGAUUAAAAGCACAUAUAACAGUGCAUACUGAUGGCAAAUCAUUUGAAUGUGAAGUUUGCGCUAAAAAAUUUUCAACAAAGGAUUAUUUAAAAAAACAUGCGAUAGUGCAUGGUGAUAAACUUUUUCAAUGUGAAAUUUGCACCAAGAAAUUUUCAAACAAACGACUUUUAAAAUCGCAUAUCCAAUCGCAUAUUAGAGUGUCUACUGGUGAAAAACCAUUUGAAUGUAAAAUGUGCACCAACAAAUUUUCAAACAAGGGUAAUUUAAGAAUACAUAUGAAAUUGCAUUCUGACGAAAAACCAUUUGAGUGUGAAAUUUGCACCAAAAAAUUUUCUUUAAAGAAUUAUUUAAAAAGACAUUUUAUGUCAGUGCAUGCUGAUGAUAAACCAUUUAAAUGUAAAAUUUGCACCAAACAGUAUUCAACGAAACGACGUUUAAAAUGUCAUAUGGCAUGGCAUACUGGUGAAAAACCAUUUGAAUGUGAAAUUUGCACUAAUCAAUUUUCAACAGAGCAGAAUUUAAAAUUACAUAUGAGAGUGCAUACUGGCGAAAAACUAUUGGAAUGUAAAAUUUGCACCAAGCAAUUUGCAACAAAUAGGAAUUUAAAAGAACAUAUUAUAAGACUGCAUACUGACGACAAACCAUUUGAAUGUCAAAUUUGCACCAAACAGUUUUCAGUGAAAGUAGCUUUAAAAUCGCAUAUGAAGGUGCAUACUGGUGAAAAACCAUUUGAAUGUGAAAUCUGCACCAAACAGUUUUCAACGAAACCUUGUUUAAAAUCGCAUAUGAGAGUGCAUACUGGUGAAAAACCAUUUGAAUGUGAAAUUUGCACCAAAGAAUUAUCAACGAAACAAGCUUUAAAAUGGCAUAUGGCAGUGCAUACUGGUGAAAAACCAUUUGAGUGUGAAAUCUGCACCAAACAGUUUUCAACGAAAGCAUAUUUAAAAUCGCAUAUGAGAGUGCAUACUGGUGAAAAACCAUUUGAAUGUGAAGUCUGCACCAAACAAUUUUCAACGAAACAAGUUUUAAAAUCGCAUAUGACAGUGCAUAGGUGAAUACUAGUGAAAAACCAUUUGAAUGUGAAAGUAUCCCGCACAAACCUUAUGGAAAUUAGGUCCCAGUGGAUUUAGUUCAGACUUUGGGAAAAUACUCUUUAAAGCAUUGUGAUGAAAAGUUCUCAUAGGCACAACUCGAUCGUAUGGAGGAUUUUCAAGAAAAUCUGAUUUUCAAGAAAAUCCUCCAUACUCGAUCGUAUGGAGGCACAAACGCGAAAAAUUAUAAGAUUUACUGGGUAUUUCAAUUCCCUGAGUUACUGGUUUUCUGGCAACAUGUAGAAGUUUGGAUCAAAGAAAAGUGCAAUAGAACACUCCUGGACUACUAAGUCUAGGAUUUUUUCCUGGCUAUAGGGUUUUCGGCAUUACAUUGAUAUAAACAGAUUACAGAUUACUCAUUGGUUUUUGGGAUCGCUAAACACGAUAAUGCCAUCAAAAUUGACCUCCGGAGCACGUGGUGGCUAGGGCCACUACAAGGGACGUCAUUUUCUAAAGUUUUGAUGGUUUUCGGCAUUUAGUUGAUGCAAAUGAAUUACUGGAUGGGUUUUUUAGUUCGCUAAACACGAAUAUGCCACCAGAACCGACUCCCGGAGCACCUGGUUUCCAAGGUCAAUGAAAGGGGCUCCUGGAGUUUUGAGGGUCUUCGGUACCACAUCACUGCAAACGGAUUAGUUAUAGGUUUUUGGGGUUGCUGAACGAGUUGAUCACGAAUACGUGAUCAGCACAGACACAGGAGCACCUGGUGUCUAAGACAGGUUAUCUUCUGGAGUUUGGGAGGAAUCAAAUGAAUUACUCUUAGGUUUUUGGGGUUGCUGAACAUGCAUACACUAUCAGAUCCGCCCCACGAAUCACAUGCACGUCAUCUUCUGGAUUUUCAAGGGUUUUAGGAGGUCGCUGGACGCUAAUACGCCAUCAGAUCCGACCCACGGAGCACCUGGUGCCUAAGGUAAUUCAUUUUCUCGAGUAAGAGUUUUCGUCACUAAAUUGAUACGAAUGGAUUACUCAUGGCUUUUUGGAGUUGCUGAACACGAAUACGCCAUCAGAACAGACACCGGAACCCCUAUCGCCUAAGGCACGUCAUCUGACGUUUCAAGAGUUUUCGGUACUAAAUUGAUGCAAACGGAUUGGUACACAUCGAGUACUCAGAGGUUUUCUGAGUUGCUCAAAGAAAGCGUACAAAUUGGUGAGAAGUUGUUUUUGCUAUUUGUAGAUUUUUAUUAAAAUAACUGUAUUAUGCUAUUCAAUUGUUUUAAUUAUUUAUAAAUAUAAACUCAAUUUAUAUCUGACAAUAUUUUUCCUUCAUUUAUUUUAAGAUCGAUUUACUAUAUUCUAUUUUGAUAGUGUUAUGCAUCGUGGUCACUAGGUACUCCAGAGUCUUUUAUCUAACUCAUAUUCGUGUUCAGAAACCCCAAAAAUACAAGAGUAAUCCGCUUGCAUCAAUUUAAUAUCGAAUACCCAGAAGAUGAUGUGCCAUAGGCACCAGGUACCCCGGUGUCUGUUCUGAUGGCGUAUUUGUGUUCAGCAGCCCCAAAGACCCAUGAGUAAUACCCAUCUGCAUCAAUUUAAUGUCGAAAUUCAAGAAGAAGACCUGCCUUCAGGUUUCGAGGCACCAGGUGCUCCGUGGGUCGGAUCUGAUAGCGUAUUCACGUUCAGCAGCCCCAAAGACCUGUGAGUAAUCAGUUUACAUUAAUUUAGUACCGAAAGCUCUCGAAUCUCCAAAGCGGACAUGCCUUAGGCGCCAGGUACUCCGAUGUCUGUAUUCGUGUUCAGUGACUUCAAAAACCUAUGAGUAAUCCGUUUGCAUCAAUGUAGUACAGAAGAUCCUCGAAACUCCAGGGGCCCCUUUCAUCGACGUUGGAAACCAGGUGCUCCGGGAGUCUGCUCUGGUGGCAUAUUUGUGUUUAGCGACCUCAAAAAACCCUCCAGUACUUCAAUUGCAUCAAUGAAAUGCCUAAAUUACCGAGAAUCCACUGUACAUAUGAGAUUGCAUACUGGUUGAAAACCAUUUGAAAGUGAAAUUUGCACCAAACAUGUUUCAACAAAGGAUAAUUUGAGUGCAUAUAACAUAAAAAAGCGCUUUCUGGAGAACAACUUUUCUUAUGCAAAAUAUACUCCAGAACGUGUUCACAGAAUUCGGGUUUAAAAGCACAUUUGUACCUUAGAGCUAAACUGUAUUAACUCCAUUUUUUUUUAAAUUGUAUUAUUUCACUUUCUACGUAACAGACUUCAUACCAUAUUAAAUCCUAUUUAACGUGGUUCCAAAGAUACAGUUGAGUCCGCAAGUCUUUACCCGUGCGUCAUCAUUUAAAGCAUACGAAAUAAGUCGGAAAUCUAUUUCACGCAACAACAACUGACAGAAAGUUGCUACUGUUCCGAUUACGGGUUUUAUUAUAAAAUUUGAAGUUAUCAAAUAUAUAGAAUGUCAAAUGUAAGUUUUGCUUCAAAAUUUUUGUGCAGAAUUACAUUUGAAGUAGCUUAAUAAAUUAUUUUAUUAUUAUUGAUUAAUAAAUAAAUAAACAAUUUAUAAAAAAAUUCAAUAACAUAUUUUAUUUUUGUUAUUUUAUUCACUUUGACGGAAAUCUAAACACAGUCAUUUCUUUACCGUGUGAAUGACGUUAGCUUUGUAUGUUUUAAAUAUUAAUUGCCAAAAUAUAAUUAUUUACCUUAAAAUUUCAAAGCCCAAUAUAAAAUUAGUUGUGAAAACAACUGUUUGUGUAAUAUAAAGAAACUUCAAAACGCAAAAAUUCGACCAAAACCGCAAAAAAUUCAACUGACAGCCACAAAAUUAAACAAAGCAGAAACGUCAAACAAAUUGUGCUUAAAAUAUGAAAACAUACCGAAUCGUCUUUUUUUGUACCUAUCUCUUUUCAAUGCACUGACUCUAGAUGGUUCAUAAAAAUAACAAGUGUUUUUACUUAAUAACAAACGUCAGCACGUCAUAUCAUGAGUUUCAUGCGUGGAAGAGAAUGAUGCUAGAUAAAAAGUAUGUGUUUUAUCUCGCCAGGUAUUAAUGACGCACGGGUAAAGACUCGCGGACUCAACUGUAGGUAACGCUAAAGUGUAUUAAGUCCCUCCGUAGUGCCGAGCUAAACAGUCGUUUACACUUAAUACCCAGCAAAAUAAAAGUAUUAGUAGUAUUAGUGGAGUUAAUAUCACUUGCACAAGUAAGAAGUGCUCUAUGGAACGAUGUAAAACCCCGGUGUGCUACUGGUAGUCAGUAUUCUGUGGAAAAUAAAUGGAAGUAGAACUAAAUGACAUCAAGAAUUUUAAUACACUUUACAACAACUGUUCCAACUGUUCACCUUUUAUUAUAAGGAAAAAACUCGGCAGAAUACAGACUUUCGUAUGUCAGAUGUUGUCCACUUGGAAGUAUGUACCUAGCGAUAAUUUAGGAUUACACUCGAAAAUGAUGAGAUACGAAAAAACAGAUACCUUACAAAAAUGUAGGGUUUUUUUGGAUAAUUUUUUUUUAUUUUUCAUUACUGUAUCUCUUAUUAUUUUCAAGUUACAUGGAGAAAAAGGAAGACGUUUUCUUAUUUUUCAAAAACCAUUCAUUUUAAACCCGUUAAAUUUUUUGAAUAUAGAAAUAACUAUAAUAAAAGGCAUUGUAGAAGGAAAACGAUGCAUUUAAAUUUUGGUGGAUGAGGUGUUAAAUCUACUUUUCAUUUUUUUGAAAUACAUUAGUCAUCAAUUUUUUUGCAGCAAUAUCUCGCUUAGUUUGAAUGUAAUCGACAUUUAAUAUUGCUCGUUUUAAAGGUAUUUUCAAGCACUACAAAAUCGCCUAAAAUCGACCGUUUUGAGCAUGUACCAAAAAACAAACUCUUUUCACCUACAAUAUCUCUUUUUGUAUUAUAACUAGAAUAUUUAUUAAGGAAAUUUUUUUUUUGUAAGCCACAAAAAUGUUUUAUAUAGUUUUUUAGUUAGAUGCACAGUUUUUAAGGUAUUCGCAAAAAACCGUUUGAAAAGGUGCCACUUUUCAAUGAAGAUGGCCAAUUUUCAUCCAUGAAUACUAAAAAACUAUUUUUUCAAGUUUAAAAAAAAAAUGAUAAAACAGUUUUUGCUUAGAAUUAGGUUCUCUAGACACUUCAGUGGUUAUUUUGACCAAAAAAAUUUCUCGCUCCUAAGAUAAAAAGCGCCAUAGUAUAUAGGGUAGACUUUGAAUUAGGAGAAAAAUAGUGGCUAUUCCCAAAACUUCAUCAAAAUCCAUUCAGUAGGAUAGAAUUUGGAGGUAAUCACCCGUGUGAUGGAUGAAGUUAUCGUUAACGUAAAGUUAUCCUGUAGUUACGUUAUAAUUCUCGAAUUGGUGUGAUGUAUCAUAUUUAACUUAACUACUUGCGUUAUUUCUUGACAGUUCUUGAGUUACCUGGUAUAUCAACUGUCACUUUAUAACGCGACGUUAAACCUCAAGUUAUGAGAUAACUCUCAUAACUUAAGAUAAGAAAUCAAGUGAAUAUUCAUAGAAGAACGCUGCUUCAUGUUGUUUUAGGAUUUUGUGCGGCACGUUAUUAAUUUAAUAUCAAAUAUAAAGCAUUGAAAAAUUAAAAAUAUCAAAAAAAUUUACUUCAAAUAACAAUUAAAGGCCCGUAGAUAAUAAUACCAUUAAAAUAAUAAUUAACAAUAAAAAGUUAAAAAUCAUACAAAAAUCAACUCGAGAUAUAAUUGUUGAGUUUAAGUUGAAAUUUAUAAACAAUACGCAGUGUUGCCAGAUAAAUUUUUGUAAAUGCACUGGAAUGACUGAAAUAGUGACACAAAAUGUACUAAACCAACACAUUUUGUACAAAAACUUAAAAAAAAACGUCUUUUAAUGUUAUUUGAAGCAAAUUUCUUAUAUCACAAAAUUGGAGGUUUUUACUUUAAGAUACUUUAGUAUCAAAAGUUUGGUUGUUACUUGUAUCAAAUUGGUACAAUUGUACCAACUCUGACAACCCUGCUUUUAUGGGUAUCUUCCCAUCCUGUCAAACCUGUGGCAUGUUCCGAUCAAUCUCUCGCGCUCACUCCAACUUGUGCUAUUUAAGUUUAUUAAUUCAUAAUACAUAUACUUCAUCUAAUUUACUAACCGUUGCACGUCAUCCGCGUCAUAGCCUGUGACGUCGCAUGAUCCCAACACGAAAUAUUUAGGCGGUAGGUGUGUUCUUUUUUAGAAUCACGUUGCCGAAUACACUGGAAUUACAGCCACUAGACAUAUUUUAUUAUAUACGCGUAGAAAUAAUAUUUGAAGAUUUCUAUUAAUGUUAACCUAAAGAAAUACACAAUAAUAUGUUUCCAUUUAAUUUGUAUAAAUGGAUUAUACAGCGUUUUUAUGAAGCACAUUUACCCGAAUCACACUGUAACUGUAAUUGAACGAAGGUGACAUUUUAGAAUAAAUUGGUAACAUUUAUUUGACAGUUGCGGUGAUGUCACUUCAUAUUUGUUUAUGUUCUUUACUAUAAGUAUCUGUUUUAUUACAUUUACUGUUUUUAUUAUUUACUUUACUAUAAAAACCUCCUCUACUAUAAAAAUAUAAAUUUCACCUAAUUUUAUCACGACUUGGAAUAAUCGAGGUAUCUGACAACUUUUUUAGUUGUUAUUGUAGACAUAUACAAAGAAACCUACCGGCUGCAUGCCAAGAGUUCGGAGCCGUUUUUUAAUUAUUAACAAUGCAGUGCAAAAACGCUUGCACUGCAAAUCUUAAAAGAUUAUAAUUUAAUUCUUGUUCUCUAUUUCUUAAGUUUUUACUUAUUUACAUUGAAUAUUAAUUUGUUUUGUUGUAUAAUCCACGUUUACAAUAAUUAUGUGAUCUAUUUGAUUUAAAAUGGAUUCAGGAUUUUUUUAUACUUUGGCAACUAUGUCAACUUGGAUCUCUGGCGUACAUAAUGACGUGCAACGGUAAGUAAAUUAGACAGACUGUAUACAAUAUUUAUAUACAUAAUACAUCAUUAUAUAAUAAUAUCAUUAUGUUUAAUAAUUUAACAUAAUGAUAAUGUAAUACUUACUUAAAAAUUAAAGUAUGCAAUUAUUACUCUUAAAUAAAUAAUUAAGAGCGUACACGUAUAAUUUAACAUAAUGAUAAUGUAAUACUUAUACUUUUUUACAGUAUAAAUUUUUUCUAAUAUUAGCUGUCAACAUAACUUCAAAACGAUAAGCAAAAUCUUAAAUCUAAUCAUAAUAAAUUAUGUACCUACUUACUGAUAUUAAUUAAUGAUUACAAUCCUAUCCUAUUACUUCUUUGCGUUGUAAAUAUUACACGAUAGUUUGAAACAAUUAUUUGCUUGUCUCCUUUUCUUUUUAAAUUCCCAACCUAAGUUAUACCAGUAAUCCGCUAGGUGGCGAUACCAGCGGCCAGCGAAGCUCACAGAGUAUAGGCAAUAUUUUUCUCUUUAAAUUUCCAACCGAAGUGAUACUAGUAAUCCGCUAGGUGGAUUGUAUUCUAGAUUAGAGACGAUAGAUUGUAUUUUAGUUGAGUGAUUACUAAAUAAAUAGUUAUAUAAAAUGA